AGUAAAUGUAAACAAAACAUUUUUGUUGGGGAGAGUGACAGGUAGUUGUGUUGUUACCGGACCGGUAAUGGCCAGGUGAGACCAGGGGAGGCCAGGGGAGACCAGGGGAGGCCAGAGAUGUCGCUGUUCAAAGCACGAGACUGGUGGUCAACGGUGGUGGAAGGAGAGGAAGGUGCAGAGGAAGAGUGUGAUGUGGGCUGCUUAGUCAUUGCAAACAUCAAUAAUGAAAAGCCACCUAAGGACAAGAUCGUGGUGGGCGGAUUCUCCGGUACCCUCAGGGUUUUCUUCCCUCAGUCUUUCGUGCAAGAAAGUGGAGAGGAAAUUUCCGGGUAUCGUGCUGACCAUGUGCUGCUGGAGACCACACUUAGUUACCCGAUUCUACAGUUGGCUGUGGGCAGAUUUACCUCGAGUAAUGACUUGAACCACCUGUGUGUCCUCCAUCCUGACCGCCUUGCUGUAUACACUGUCUCAGUGACCGCGGGUCAGGCUGGCCAUGGUGACCACACACGUCUCGCCAUUGCCUACCAACACAAACUUCAGCGGAAUGCCCACUCCAUGAUUACAGGAUCUUUUGGAGGUGUGAAGGGAAAAGAUUAUAUUGCUGUUCAGUCACUAGAUGGCUGCAUUACCGUCUUCGAACAAGAAAGCUUUGCAUUCUCUAGUUUUCUUCCUGGGUUUUUGCUGCCUGGCCCUAUAGCCUAUGUUCCCAAGACUGACUCCCUCGUUACAGUGGGUUCUGACUGGUGCCUUCAGUGUUUCAAAUACCAAGCUGUGGCUGUGGCAGCAGACAAUGAGAAAGAUAGCAUCAGUAAAGGAGGGAAGCGCCUGGCCCCAGAGUGGACACAGCAGCUGGGAGAACCAGCUUUAGAUCUGUGUGUUCUGUCUCCACCAGAUGGCCCCACAAGUGUUCUUGUCCUAGCCCACCAUGCCGUCUUCUGCUUCAAGGAGUCUGGGGUCUUGAAAUUUGUUAAGAAGCUCGAGUACAGUCCAUCCUGCUUCAUAGCUUUUAUUGUUGACAAUUACGUGCAAGUUUGUGUCGCCAGCCACACACAAAACUUGUUGGUGUACCAGGAGUCUGAGCUGAAGUGGGCAUCACAAUUACCUUUCGUUCCUGUUGCUCUGGCUCGGGCCAGCUUUCCGGGUCAGCGUUUCUUAAGGGGCAUUACCGGAGCAGUUGUGAUGCUUGGAGAAACAGGCCAGCUUCAGGUCUCGUAUCUGGGGACUGAUCCGUCAUUUUUCGUGGCUCCUCCAGCAGAAACUCGUGAGAUUAAUUAUGACCAAACAGACAAGGAACUGUCUCAGCUGCAUAAAAUAAUUAAGGCAUCAACGAAAGACACAGGAGCACUGGUGAGCAUGAAUCGCGGUGAUAGUGACCUCCUGGUGUCGGCAACAGUGGGAACACAGCUGGAGACUUGGACUGGGCACACUCGCGUUCAAAAUCCUGAGGGUGGGAUUCCUGCAGUGCCAGUGGUUAUGCGUCUUACCGCACACACGCCUCUCAACACUGUCAGAGUCAACAUAGCUGUGGAGAAGCCACUAGGUGUUACUCAAGACACCUUUGUUCUGCGGACAAUAUGUGAUACAAGUCAAAUCAUGGUCAAAUUCUACUAUGAGGAGCCCUACAUACCUACCAGUCUCUCCAUCAGCAUCAUCACGUCUUACGUGACACAUACUGGCAUUCCACGUAUCAUCACAAAUAAUCUGGAACUACCGAUGCGGCUUGUGGUAAAACCAAACAUGCCAACCAAGGAAGCUGACCAUAAAAUUACCAUCUCUACUAAUAAAGAUGCUGUCAACCUGCCAGAGCUGUUUCCAGAUUUAGUAUCAGAUUCCACUGUAGGAACAGCAAUGGGGCUUCAGUAUUAUAGUGGAGAAGACAUUACGAUCCUCUCUUCCCGCACCACCAACAGAUAUCGUCUUCAGUCUGAUAGUCUACCAGCUAUAUGGGUCGUCCUUCGUGAGCUUGUUCGUCGCUUAAAGAGUUACUGGGGUCAUCCCAGCCGACGAGAUAGCGAGGGACUUACUCUAGGUGUUGCAUCUUCACUUCCUACGCACGAACUUUUCUUUGAGAUUGAUGCCCAUUUUUUGCGUAGAAAAAAACAUCGGGAAUUAGAAGCCCAGCUGGUGCACAGAGCAACACAGUUUCGGGCCGUUCAGCGCCGCUUGCUCACCAAGUUCAAAGAUAAAACUCCGACACCACUGACCAAUUUGGACAACCUUCUGGAAGGAACCUACAAGCAGAUUUUACAAAUCACAGAUGCCAUCAAUGAAAAUAUUAUGGGUCUAGAAGAAGAUGGAUGUCGGCUGAGUUGCGUGGUGAGGCUGGUACUAGAGCUGGUGCGCCUUCAGACUGCAAUGCCAGAUCACCAAUAUUCUCUGCUAAGUGCUGCUUUAUCACCUAUAGUCUACUUAUCCAUGGACCAGGGCUGGGAGGAGAUAACCGAUGCCAGCGUGACCUUCUUGCUGAGAACAAUACUGGGCAGAGGACCCCGCGAUGCUACGUCCACCCCCGAGCUGACUGUGCCCGCCGACACAACGAAGCUGAAAAAGCAUUUGGCUCUCCUUUUGGAUAAGGUGACCAAAGGCAGAGUUGAACUCAGCCUUGAUGCUCCAGCACCCUCACCUACCACAGAUACUCGUGAAGAAACAUUUUAUAAAGAUGAAGAUGACUUGAUAGAGACCCCAGCCUUAACAACAGAGGACUCGACCGAUGUUCCUCUCGGAUCUCGACUGGGAGAGGAUCGAGCUCGAUCAGCCAGAGUUAGAUCAGCACGUAUCAUGUCUGCUCGCAAGGGUCCUGGUCGCAUGCCCACAGAUGGAGAGUCAAGUAUUGUGGAUGACACUCAGACUACAAAUACGUCAUCCCAAGACGUGCUUUCAGAUGACAACGUUGAUGCAGAUUCUGAAGGCCUGGUGAACACGACGGAAUUUGUUCACCAGAGUAGCUUCAGCAGUAUUCCUGAAGAUCCUGUUGCUGAAGACAGUGACAUGCCCAGCAACUCCCACAGCCCAGUUCAUGAGGAAACUGAUAGAAAUGAAACACCAUCACCAGAACAGCCUUCAGUAGAGCCUACUGCACUCCUUUCUGAAAAUUUAAAAGAUGCUAAAGGGCCUUUGAAGGAAAACAUUAUUGAGAGUCCCUCGGAUAUUUAUACAAUAGAAAGUACUGAUGAUAUAUGGUAGAUGGGCCUCUUGUGAAUGUGUACAGGCAGGCAGGUAUGGUAUAUCAGCGUAUGAAUUAUAAAAUUAGGAGAGAGUGGUUAAUCUUCGUCACCUCAAAGGUACCCUCUCAUUUCAUGUGUAAAAAAGCAUUGCUUCUUUGGAGACGCCACAGUUCACCCAUCGAAAAGCCACUAAUGGAAAUGUUAACAUUCCAGGUAGUUUUGUGUGUUUCCCGUAGUGUUAUAUGUUGUCCAUACCUUUAUAAUCACGCUGCAAAUCAGGCAGAGUCCAUUUCUUUUGCAGGGAUGUUGUUUAAUGAUGAUGAUUGUGAUGGUCAUUCAGCAGGAAACAACUGCUUGGAUCGUCAGUGUUGAAGUGUUUAUGUACUCGUCUAAGUGCUGCGGGGGUUGAGCUUUGGCUCUUUGGUCCCGCCUCUCAACUAGUGAGUGUGUCAUUGGCUUGGUGCCUUCUUUGGAUAGUUACUUGCAUAUUGCUUGUUUAUCUAUCCAACCAGCUGUGAUGAUUAUUAUUGUCAAUCAGCCAAAGUUACUAAUAGAUUUAUAAUCCGGCCGGCUGAGCGGACAGCAUGCUGGACACGUGAUCCUAUGGUCCCGGGUGCCGGCGAGAAACGAUGGGCAGAGUUUCUUUCACUCUAUGCCCCUGUUACCUAGCAGUAAAUAGGUACCUCUGAGUUAGUCAGCUGUCACAGGCUGCUUCCUAGGGGGUGGAGGCCUGGUCCAGGAUCGGGCCGCAGGGACACUAAAGCCCCGAAAUCAACUCAAGAAUCCAGAAGAGGUAAGGUCAGUAAAUGAGCCUUCCUUAUAGUCUCAGCCCAAAGAUGAUACAAUUGCCAUAACUAAUAGGUAAAAGGUGAAGAAUCCUACCUUACCUUGCGACGAUUUCAGAUCUCAAUGUCCCCGCACUCCAGUCUUUGACCAGGCCUACUACACAAGGCUUUAUAAAAGCAAGCCUUUCUCAGAACAAAGAUUUACAAGGAAUAAUUUCUACAGAAAUGAUCUUUAUGAAAACAAGGCUUUGCAAGAGCACCACUACACAAGAAUCUUUACUACAGCUCAUCCCACGUAAAGAAUGGUCUUCAGUAAAAGCUUGUCCUUGUAAGGUAUUUUCUUUACAAAAUUAAAGUACUGCAUUUUAAUUGGGUUUGUACAAGUAAAAUUUGUGCUGUAAUAAUUAGUUGUAGCAAAAAUAUUAUAUUUUGUAUGGUUAAUUGCAGUGCUGUACUAAAAAUGUCUGAUACCAGGCAUUCCUCUUGUGUGGUAGAAUAUUGUAGCUGGGAUCUUGGUGGUCUUUUUAUCACACAUAAGCUGCUAUCAUAAAGUUAUUGGCUCGUACAGCACUUUUGCUCAGUGUGAUAGCACGUACAACACAACAUGCACACUAACCCUUACUUAUUAGGAAGCCAUUUCAUGUACUGUAAUUGAUAGUAACUUUUGUUUUAUUUUAGUGCAUAACACUGAUAUUUGCUUUCCUAACACUUUAUUUCAUACAUGUAUACAUACACUAUAUAUAUAAUGUACAGUACUGUAUACAUGUCCAUCCACUUUGAAUGUUUGGUACAGUGAUGGCUUCACUUCUUAGAGGGCCAGCAACCAAUUCUCGGUGGCCCAAAUGGUUGGUCACAUCCCAUUGCUCCUUCCUAUCUUUAUCCCUUCUAAGUGCUAUAUUGUAGUCCUAUUGGCUUAAGAAAUUGAAACUGCCUAUUUUACCUUUUGGAGAUACUGUAUGUUGUGCAAUAUUUAAGUAAUUCUUCACUACUAUUUACCAUGUUCUCUAGUCAGUCAUGCGCCUCGUUGUACCGGUGUUUUACCACAGUCUUUCAAAUCAUCGUUGCCUCGUCUCCCAUGUUCAUGGAAGAAUGGAAAAUAAGUCGCAGUAAGGAAGGUAGUUGAAAGAAAAACACAAAUUUGAUAAGGAUCAGAACAGACCAAAAUGUCAUUUCACUCUAUUCAACCCAGAACACACACGUGAGGUAAUGUAAAGUAGAUAAAUGCCGACAAGUCUUAUUACUUACAAGCAAAAUUGUCAUUCAAGGUUCAUGCUGUCCUUCAUAUACCGCAAAUGCCUCUCAAAUAUUCUUGCACUAAAUUAUUUGACGACUUGCUGGCAUUUGUAUGUUUCUUGCAAUAAGAAUACAAAAUGUUAGCUAGUAGCUUAGAUGCCAAUUAUGAAAUCAGUUUAUAUAAGUAUAUAUACACACACACACACAUUUUGUAUAUUUUACUUGUCUUAAUUUUUAUUAAGGUAUUAUGUAUUGAUACAUGUAACAUCUUAAAAGUAUACAGUAAUGCUCAGUAUGUUUUACUUUACAUUCAAAUUGCGUAAAUAGGUUAAUGUUUAAAUUGACUUAUCGAUGCAGAUCCUUAUACCUAUCAAAACCUGUUUAUUUUGAUACUGUAUUCAUAGGUUUUUCCUCUUCUUAAAAUAGCCAGUUCAUUUAUUAUCACCUCAUAGAAUGCCCAAAUUAAACAAAAAAAGUCCAUGAUACCUAGUCAUUUGAUUAUCUUUCUGCUCUCGCUGAUAGUGGUAUACAGUAUAGCCUUCCAGCUAACUGGUAAUUAUAUCGUUUGCCUAUGUGCAUCGUUUGCGAUAUUUAGCGCCCUCUGAUUAUUCCGCACAUUGGAUGGUGCUACAUGGCCUUCCCAGCUUGGUGCCUUCUUUUGACAAUUACUUAUUGUUAGUCUAGUAAUCGGUAUAUUUGAGGAUAAAGGGAUUGUAAAGCCCCCAUUUUACUGUCGAAUAUUAUUGCAUAUUCAGGCAAAUAAACUUGUUUGGGAUAUGAAAUACUGUU